AUGAAUCCUCCAAUUUCAAUGUCAUAGAAUAUCAAAAGUAAGUCACACCACUAAUUGAUUGAUGACGAGUCUGAACUCACAGCAAGAGGUAAAAUAUCAGAAAUAGAACUCGACAAUGAAUUAUGCAAAAAGCAAUAAACAUUGUCUCUCGCCUAUACUGAAAUAUACUUCCCACACAAACCCUAUGACGUCUAAUUAAAGUAUAUGGAGAGCGUUGUUCAAUCUUUGGAUAGGAAACAUAAUGCAUUAUUAGAAUCACCCACUGGAACAGGAAAGACGCUCUCCUUAUUAUGCGCCUCUCUAGGUUGGCUCUCGAAACACAGAAAGGAAUAAUAGAAAGCCAAUAACCCAACAAAAUUGAGAAUCAUUUACGCUUCAAGAACUCAUGCACAAUUAAAGUAGGUGGCCCAAGAAUUAAAGAAGACAGUUUACAAACCCAACGUAUCAGUUUUGGGUUCAAGGGAUCAAUAUUGUUUAAGAGGGGAUUUCUAUAAUAUCAAAGGGAAUCUUUUGAAUUAGAAUUGUCGAAAAGUAGUAAAGGCCAAUCAAUGCUAAUACUUUAAAAAGGAUGUCGUAAUGUUCAUGGCAUUACAAUACAAGACCUUGAUAAAUAAUUUAGAAGAGGCAAAAUAAUUUGGAUAUAAAAAUAAAAUCUGUCCCUAUUACUUUGAGAGAUAGAGAAUGGAUGAGGCUGACAUUAUACUCCUCCCUUACAAUUACCUAUUAGAAAAAGAUUUUUAAGAUUACGUAAACAUUGAUAAUUCAAUUCUGAUAUUUGAUGAAGCCCAUAAUGUAUAAUCAACAGCUGAAGAGGGAUCAUCCUUUUUUAUCACACAAAACAUUAUUAUUGAGGCUGAGAAGGAUCUGGAAAAAUGGAUUGAUGAAUUGGAGACUGUCCCCAUAUUCUAUGAACAAUUAAAAGUGAAACUCAAUCAAGCAAAACUUGUUUAUGAAUUGAAAGAAUAUCGAUCUAUUGUGGUCACAAUCAGAACCUUUUCAUAAUAUUUAGAAUAACUAAAAUAACAGCCAAUCUUCACAUUAUAGGAUACAAAUGAAAAAUAUCAAAUCCUAGAUGCUCGCUAAAUUCAAAGUUUAAUCUUCCAAUACACCUCAGAUCAGGAUAAUACCUUCAGAUUAUGGAAUGACUCAAUGUUGACCAAUUACGCAAAAGGAAUCACAAGAAAUAAUAUUGCCAGAUACUUAUCACAUUGUAUGAUCUUAAUAGAUGUCAUGAGUGAGUUAUCCCAAUUUCCAGCUCAUCACUUUGAAUCAUGGACCAAAUUCAUCAUGAAUGUCUAUGAUCUAAUUAGAGUAGAAGAUGAAAGAGAAAAAUAGAAGCAAUCUCUAUCCUCUUUGCAAAAUUAAUUCAAUCAAUAUAAAUUAUCCUUCAUGAUCGAUGUAGCUAAUUAAAUAACCAUUUACAUGUGGUGUUUAGAACCAUCCCUAGCAUUUCAAAGAAUACUGUCAAAGAACAUUCAUUCUGUGCUUUUGACUUCAGGCACACUCUCCCCUUUGUAAUCAUGGACAUGCGAAUUAAGAAUGAACUUCUAAACUUAAUUUUCAAGUCCACACAUUAUCAACAUUUAAUAAAAUCUUAUCGUGUUUUAACAUAAAUAGUUUGAUUUCUCCUAUUAGCAAAGGAACAAUGACGAGUAAUUUAAUAGGCUUGGGUAAAAUCUAUUAAAUUACUCAUAUGUUAUUCCAAAUGGAAUUUUAGUUAUCUUUUCAUCAUACAGUCUUAUGUUUAAAUUCAGGAGCAAAUUGACAACCAGUAAAUUAUUGUUUAGAUUAAAUGAAAUCAAACAUUGUUUAUGGGAACCGUAAUAGACAGUUGAAAUGCAAAAUGUGUUUGAGUUGUAUAAACAACAUUCCAAGAAGGGAGCCAUCAUGUUUGCUGUUCAAAGAGGAAAGGUAGCUGAAGGAAUUGAUUUCUCUGAUGAAUUAUGCAGAGCUGUGUUUCUAGUUGGAGUUCCUUAUCCUCCAAAACAGGAUCAUAAAGUAUCAUAGAAGAUGGAAUAUUUAGAAAAAAUAUACAACGAUCCUGAAUUUAAUGAUUAAGAUAGACUAAAGAGUUAGGAAUGGUAUUGCCAAUAAGCAAUCAGAGCUACUAAUUAAGCCUUGGGCAGAGUCAUUAGGCAUGUAAAUGAUUAUGGAAUCGUAUUUUUGUGUGACAAGAGAUUUGAGUAUACAGAUAUUAGGAAAGGAUUUUCUGAAUGGGUGAAAACAGCACUCAAACCUUGGGCGAAUGAUGAUGAAGUCCUUAAAUAGACCAAAGCAUUUUACAAUAGAACUGAUAAUAAUUUUCAAACUCCAAGCUAAAAGAUUAUGACUGAAGAGAAGAGUAGUCAAUAGUCAGAGGUUAAGAAGAGGAAUCUUAAACUAUUCGGUCUGAAAUGCUAAAAGUAAUUAGAAAAACUUAAGUCUGAUUCCUAUAAUGAUAUUGAAGGAUAAGAGAAACCUGAAUAUUAAUAGAUAGAAUCUAAAUAGGUAUGUGAGACUGAGGAAAAAUAGCAAUUCGAAUAAUCAGAAAUCAAUUUUACUCCAUCUUAAGCAAAAAACAAAAUCAAAAUUUAAAUUCAAAGUAAUAAAGCAUAAGUUGAUGAUCAAAUUGUAAAUUCUGCAUUAAAUCAACAAAAAUUAAAUUAAAUUUAAAAUAAUGACAAUAAUACUGAUUAAUUUAAUUAUUUUACUUCUUAAAAAGACUUUUUUUCAUCGAUUAAGCAACCUUAGUAGCAAUCAGAAUCACAACGAAAAGGAAUUAUUAAAAUAAAAUAAAAAAAGUGA